GCGCAGCCCCGCGGCCUGUGCGGCAGUGGCCAUGGCGAGGUCCCCGUGCAGCGGCGGCGGCGGCAGGCGCAGCAAGUCCUACUGGAUGUGCAGCUGCUGCAAGUGGAAUUGGGACUGGCGCACCUCUUGCCUGGGCUGCGGGUAUGCGGCCCCGCCAUGGGCGACUGGGACGCCCCCGCCCAAGGCGAGGCCCAAGGCAGACAAGGACGGCUGGCUGGAUCAGCCACGUGGGCGCCGUGCCCAGAGGCAGGCCCGCGGUGCGGCCACGCGGGCAGCAUCCACCGAGUCGCAGACCUCGGCCACGGCAGCGAGUGGGACGCCCAGCGGUGGAGGCGCCACGGCGAUCGAGAUGCUCCAGGCGGCCGUCGAGCAGCUCGAGGCGAAGCGUGCGGAGCUGGUCAAGGCCCAAAAAGCUGCAGCGGAGCAGAAGGCCUCGUCCCUGCCACGGGCGACGCGGCUCCACAGGGAGGCGAACGCCAUCAGCAAGGGCGAGAAGCGGCUCCGGGCAGCCCGCAUGGAGAUCGAGCAGAAGCAGGAGGCGCGCGACAUCGUCGAGUCCCAGCUCCACCUGGCCCAGGAGAAGCUCGCGGAGCUCGACGAGGAGGUGGAGGAGGCGAGCCUGGCGCUCCAGGCGCUCGAGGAAGCAGCCCGCGAGGAAGGAGCCAGCCAGGUACCUGGACUCCUCGUGCAGCUGGAUAAGUUGCCAGAGGCGUGGAGCACCAGCAACUUCGAGGUGGCCUGGGCGGCUAUUCGCGCCCAGAUGGAGGCAGUGCGGGCGCAGCUCGAGGGGGCACCACUGGCCUCCAAGCGCACGCCGUGGGCCGAGUCCUGUCCCGUGGAGGAGAUCAGCGGCAACGCUGGCGGUCUCGCAGACUGCGGCGGCGUCUGGCAGCCCCAGCCAGCAGCGGAGCGAGGCCAAGCCGAGCGGUGCGGCAAGGCGCUGGGCGAGUGGCCCACGGUGGCCCAGUCGUGCAAGCGGGAGCUGUCGGCAGAGGCAGCGGACCUGCCUCCCCUGGCUGCUCAUCCUGCUGGCAAGGUCGUCGAGAGCGGCUGGGCGGGGCUCCGCGGCAUGGACGUCCUCGCCCCGCCCUGGGACCAGGAUCGCGCUGCUGGGCCCAGCGGUGUCCGCGUCCUCCUGAGCACAGGAGAGAACGUAGUUGGGGGCACCGAGUUCGGCGCCAGCGAGUGGAUCGAGGCCGCGGGCAGCGGGGAAGCCGCCACGGGCGUGAGCCAUGCCUCGGCCGCCCGCGACGAGGUGCAGGCCCAGUGGAUCGGCAACAGGCACCUCGAGUCGGAGAGGUACGCGGUCAUGGGCCUCGGCGGCACGUCCAACUCCGUGUUCCUCGAGCCGCGGCCGCGGCCAGGAGUCGAAGAGAACGCGACGCAGUGGCGAGCGCGAGGUGGAGGAGACGGCGCACGCGACAGCGAGCAGUACGUCAUUGGCUGGGCCGCGAGCAGCGGAGGGCCCUUGCCUACCGAGGAGAGCUACCUGAUGACGUCUGCGGCGGCAUCGGAGGCCCUGCAGGCUGGGGAGGAUCGCGGCGGCGGCGCCCCAGCGGUGCGGGUCCGCCUGGAAGACAGCCGCUCGACGGGGAGCAGCGCGGCAGCCCUCUCGGCCACGGCCGUCGCGUUCAGCGUCCUGGGGCACGUGCUCAGCUGCGCCUGCGUCGGCGAAGGAGAGGAUACCCAGGAGAUCGCGGCGUGCACCAUGCGCGGCGCCUACAAGAUGCUGGGCGGGCGCGCAGGAGACAGGUCUCGCCUGAAGAUGCAGUGCCCAGGGCCCAGCAACCUGACGAACAAGUCGAGGGACCAGCGCAGCCUGUGGGAGCGAGGGCUCCACCCUGGUGGCAGGCCGCGGGAGUACAGGCAGAGGGCGGGAGCAGAGGGCACCCCUGCCUUGCGCUCGCAAGGACCAGUGCCAGGUCACGCCCAGGAACUGUACCUGGAGUGGAUCGGCAUGGAGGCGGAGCCGACUGGCGGAGCCUCCACCGCGGCCAGCAGCUCGGGCAGUGGCCCAGUGGCUCCAGCGGCAGGGCGGCAUGUAGUUGAGCCGGCAGCGGCUAGCCUGCCCCAGCAGCGGCCAGGGCCGAGCGCUGGGCCCCCUGGCGCAGGCGGCGCCGAAGUAGGGGAGCCCGCGGCCGCGGAGCCAGCGCCCAGCGACGGACUGGUAGGCCGCAGGGUCUGCCGCCGCCUGGCGCGCCGCGGCUCGGCGCUGGACAUCCUUCGGCGCAACGUGGCGCUCCACUCCGAUGGGCCCUGCGGCGUGUCUUUGGUUUCAGCUGGCCGUGCCGAGCCGCGCAAGGCCCAGAAGCACGGGCGGAGGCUCGAGGCGAGAAGGGCGGACACCCAGCCCGCAGCUCACGUGCUGUUGCAGGGCUCCCCGCCCCUCGAGGCCGAGAGCGGGCUCCGUCGUGGCGCGCCCCCUUUCGUCCCGAGCUCGGGCUGCUGGGUGCCGCUGGACGGCUGCGGCCGCCUCUGCACGUGCGGCGCGACGUGCAACUCGUCGCGCUCCCCGCCGCCGCUCUCUGUUGAGGAGGUGUUCGAGGAUCACGGCGACGAGGGCUCUCCGUGUGGCGAGGCGGCUGCUGCUGAAGUCUGGCUGGGGCCAUCGCUGGGCGAGGACGCCGUCCCCGAGGAUGCGGGCGGCGUGCUGCGGGCGCGGAAAGUCCGCUUUGCAGAUGCCCCGCACGUUAGGUAUUGA